AUGCGCCUCCUCAAUACUGCCACUUUUGAGGUGGAGGAGUUUGUCGACGGUGGCAUUCCCGAUUAUGCCAUUCUUUCUCAUACCUGGGGUCGAGAGGAGGUCAGCUUACAGGACAUGCAGGAUCUGGCGAGGGCUCGCCAGAAGCAUGGCUUCAAGAAAGUCGAGCAGAGUGCUGGAGUAGCCGUCAACAACGGUUAUGAGUAUAUCUGGGUAGACACAUGCUGCAUCGACAAGACCAGCAGCGCUGAGUUGUCCGAAGCUAUCAACUCAAUGUACCGCUGGUACAAGGAGUCCGAGAUAUGCUAUGCCUAUCUUGAAGACUGCAAUUGCACUAGGAGCCAAGACGGGUCCCAAGCCUCCAACUUCGAGGAAGCGUUUCGCCGCAGUCGCUGGUUUAAGAGAGGCUGGACAUUGCAAGAAUUGAUCGCACCCACGUACGUCGAAUUCUACUCCCAAAAUUGGGAAUUCAUAGGCACCAAGACAGAACUUGUAGACUUGAUAAGUGACACGACUGAGAUAGACCGCUACGUCCUGGAGGGUGGCGAUCCACUGGCAGUAUCCGUCGCGAGGAAGAUGUCAUGGGCUGCAAAUCGAACAACCACACGCAUUGAAGAUACGGCAUACUGUUUACUUGGACUGUUUGGUGUUAACAUGUCACUUAUAUAUGGGGAACAAAGGAGAGCGUUUGCGCGACUUCAAGAGGAGAUUUUGAAGAACACCGGCGAUCAGACCAUAUUCCUUUGGGCAAGCAGAGCGCGCAGACAGUUUGACCCUAGAACACCAUUCCUUGCACCAUCUCCAAGAGAAUUCGGCCUAACUGGUAAGAAUGUCCCGGCCUUCACGAAAGGCUAUACAAGAGACCAAAGUGUUUUGAAGACGCAUGAGGGCAUCCAGUUAUCACUUCUCAUAAUUCCACUUGAGAGUAAGCGCAGUCUACACCUGGGUGUAUUCAAUUGCCGAUGGGGCCCUAUUUUGGGCGAGAGACCGGCCAUGCUCCUCUACCCUAACAGGAAUGAACAAGUCUUCUCACACAUUGGGGAAACCUCGCCACUCAGUGGGACUGUUACCAUAACAAAUCCCGAUGCGGAAGGUAUAUGGUGCUUCGAUCUGGCAAAUGCAAACUCUACUCAAAACGCUAAAGUUGAUCUAUCGGGAAUGGGAAUGGGUCCGCUUGAGGCGCAGCCCUGGCAGAGGUGGGCGUUUCGAGAAGUGACCAUUACCCGUUCGGAUUUCGAAAAGAUUGACGACAAAUAUCACGUUGUAGUCAGCGACGAGGUUAAGAUCUUGAACGUCAGCCCAAGGACUACGUGGGACAAGUCGACGAUGACGUUCAUGAGCGACUUUUACCAGGACAAAGACGGCUUGUCGCUCGAUGGUUCCAUAUUCAUAGGACAUAAAGCUGCGCUCGACUCGUCGGAAGAGAACUGGACAGGCGCUUACGUGGUGAACUUCGGGGUCUGCCAGAUGGAUUAUAAGAAAGGACGACAUCCUGCAUGGUGGUACAGUUGCCAUCGAGCUGUCGAUGAGUCUGACAACCAUUGGGAAGAAUUGCUAUUUGCACAAGGCUCUCAUGUUUUUGAAAUCGACGGGAGCCCGUGGAUAAUCAAAUGCCUCCAAGGGAUGCCAGCAGACUCCCCAUUCCGUGUCAGUAUGACUUACGGCAACUUCAGCGGUGGUAUGGAGCCAAUUAUUGAUAUUAAGUAUCACGCCGGUACGGACGAGAGCAAGAAGAGGAAGAGGACGGCGGAGUACCCCAAUGGAAAUUCGACCAAUGCGAAUGCAUAUAAUGCUCAGGACCACAACGUAAGUACAUAG